CCACUUUGGUGGUAGCGCAGGGCACUGCGAAAAUAUAAUUCCCGUCGUGGCCGACCUGUCCGAGCCUUCAGCCAACAAUUCCUCGCUCAAUUCACGUCGUUGACAGGAACUGCUCUUGUGCCCGCUUUCAACAUGGCCCACAUGCACGAGCACAACGCGUCCGCCCAGCAGGGUGUGGUGCCCAGCAACGACCUGGCUCUUCACACGUCCCGGGAACACCAGCAUGAGCACACGCACCACAGCCCGCGUGCGGUUCACGACGACCACAUUGCGUACACGGCUGGAACCACUGACGAGAAGAGCACCAUUCCUGACCCGAGUGCGCAAGAUCACGGUCUGCACCACCGCCUGCCUGAGAAGCAUGGUCUCCAUGAGCAGGGCGUGUACGAGAAGAACGCCGAUGUCGACUACGAAGAGAAGGGCACGCGGGGUAGCUCCACCGACCCAGAGCCCGAGGAGGAGAAGAAGAGCAAGUGGUCGCCGUCUGUCCUCUACAGGCGAUUCAGGCUGCCUGUGCACAUCUUCAUUGGCUGCUUCUUCACUGGAUGGUGGGUUGCGUCUGUUGUCGUCCACCGCAAUGACAAGAACUGGGUUAUUCCGUUUUUGUUCUGGUUGGCCAUCAUGAUCCGUCUGAUCACGUGCCACAUCCCCAUCACAUACGUUACCCGACCCAUGCACUGGGUCUGGAAGAACACUGGAGUGCGAGCUGGAGAGCUUAUUCCCGAGAAGCUUCGCGUUCCUGCCGGUGGCCUGCUUACCAUUGCCGUUAUCAUUGUCGGUUCCAUGGCUAGUGAGGAGAGCCAGGACAACACACGUGUCAACCGUGUUGUCUCCCUCUUCGGUCUGGGUGUGUUCAUCUUCGGUUUCUGGGCUACUUCCCGCAACAGGAAGGCGAUCAACUGGCACACCGUCAUUGUCGGUAUGCUCGUCCAGUUCAUCAUCGCUCUUUUCGUCCUGAGGACUGGCGUUGGUUUCGACAUUUUCAACUUCAUCUCCGAGCUCGCUCGUCUGCUCCUUGGGUUCGCCAACGACGGUGUUGUCUUCCUCACUGCCGACUCUGUGCCCGAGCUCCACUGGUUCUUCACCAGUGUCAUCCCGGCCAUCAUCUUCUUCGUGUCGUUCGUCCAGCUGUUGUACUACUAUGGUACCAUCCAGUGGUUCAUUGGAAAAUUCGCCGUCUUCUUCUUCUGGUCGAUGCGCGUUUCCGGUGCCGAGGCUGUCGUCGCGUCCGCUUCGCCUUUCAUCGGUCAGGGUGAAUCUGCCAUGUUGAUCAAGCCGUUCGUUGCCCAUUUGACAAUGGCCGAGCUUCACCAGGUCAUGUGCUCUGGUUUCGCUACCAUCGCUGGUUCCGUCUUGGUUGCUUACAUCGGCAUGGGACUGAACGCUCAGGCGCUGAUUUCCUCGUGUGUCAUGAGUAUCCCCGCCUCGCUCGCUCUGUCCAAGCUUCGUUACCCCGAAGAGGAGGAGUCCCUCACCGCUGGACGUGUCGUCAUUCCCGACGAUGACGAGCACAAGGCUGCCAACGCUCUCCACGCCUUCGCUAACGGUGCUUGGCUCGGUAUCAAGAUCGCCGGUAUGAUCAUUUGCACACUUCUGUGUAUCAUUGCGCUCUUGAGCUUGAUCGACGGUCUUCUUACCUGGUGGGGACGCUACAUCAACCUCGAUGGCGAGUACGACCUCACCCUUGAGCUCAUUCUCGGAUACCUCUUCUACCCCAUUGCUUUCCUGCUCGGUGUAUCUCGCCAAGGCAAGGAUUUGCUCUUGGUCGGUCGCCUCAUCGGUGUCAAGGUCAUUACCAACGAGUUCGUUGCCUUCACCUACCUCCAGUCCAACGACGACCCCGACUCCGAGUACCACUCCCUUUCUCCCCGAUCCCGUCUCAUUGCCACCUACGCCCUGUGCGGUUUCGGUAACAUUGGUUCGCUCGGUACUCAGAUCGGUGUGCUCAGCCAGAUCAGCCCUGGCCGUAGUGGUGAUGUCUCUCGUCUGGCCAUGUCUGCCCUCAUCUCCGGUGUCUUCUCGACACUGUCCAGUGCCAGUAUUGCCGGUCUGGUCGUCACUGACCAGGAGAGGUUCUCGUCUGGUUCGUAGAUGCUCGAGAGUAGCAGGGGUUUCGCGGUAUGGAAGUCCUCCGUUGAGGAUCCAAAAUGUAAUGUUAGUUGUCUGUCGAUGAGCGUAUACCCAACCAAGUAGAGUAGUGAAACAUGAAGCAAUCGUUCUACAUUCAAA